CAGGACAUUUUUGAGUAAACACCAUGCCUCAUUUUCUGGGGAAAGCUAGAAGACCAAUUCAAAAAGCCCAAUAGUACAGAAAAAAAAAGGCCCUUUUUAAGUCUUUCAAUUCUGUCUUCUCUUUGCUAUUCACACCUCAUUCAUUCAGUCAGGUUAAUUUGUAGAAUCAAAGUCGUCAUCUCCAAUAUUUAUUUGUCAUGUCGGAUGAGGAAGUUGUUGACCCAAAGGCAACAAUGGAAGUAACUUGCAAGCCUAAGUGUGUAAGGCAACUAAAGGAUUAUCAGGCAUGUACUAGAAGGAUAGAAGGCGAUGAAUCAGGGAGCAAGCAUUGCACUGGACAGUAUUUUGAUUACUGGCAAUGCAUUGACAAAUGUGUUGCCCCGAAACUAUUUGAAAAACUCAAGUAACAGGAUAUAAGUAGUUGUUCCAUCGCAAUUUAUCUUGCUUUUUCGUUGUUGAAGCCUGUGCAACAGACUUACAAUCUCUUCAAUGAACUUGGUUGCUGCAUGGAAAAUUUUGUACUAUGCACGCCUUAAAAAGUGAUUAAUAAAGGAUACUUAUGGGUUAAA